AUGAAGGAAUCCUCCCAUUUGGACUACAUCUUGUUCUUGGAUUCGGAUAUGGGAGUAGUGAAUCCAAAAAGGCGAAUCGAGGAAUUUCUCGAUGAGAACGCUGAGGUUAUUUUUUAUGAUCGCUUUUAUAAUUGGGAAGUUAUGGCUGGAUCGUAUCUAAUCAAGAAUUCGAACUGGUCGCGAACGUUUCUUCAAGGUUUCGCCGAUUACGAGUUUCGGUUACCGAAAAGCUUUCACGGGAUGGACAACGGAGCUAUACAUGUCGGUAUUUCACUGUUUCCCCAUUUUCAUAUGCCAUCAAAAUAUACUAUUCGAAUUGGUGCAAAAUGA